CGUCGGGGGUCGCGGGGCGCUGCGGGGGCUGCGGGGGCUGCGGGGGCUGCGCGCCCCGGCCCGGCCUCGGCCAUGACCAUGAGCUCCGCGGCCGAGACCCUGCUGAGCGCCCCCAAAGCCGCGUUCCUGCCGCUCGGCCCCCCCUCGCUGCACGGCAUCCCCCCCCCCGCGCCCCCUCCGCACGACCCGCCGCCCUUCGCCUCCUUCGCCCGCCCCGGGCCGUACCCGUACCCCGGCGGGGCCCCCCCGCCGCCCCACGGCGGCCCCUUCCUGCCCUACGCGCCCCCGGCCGGGCUGCCCCGCGGAGCCGGGCUGCAGGACGCAGAGCACGAGAAGCCCCCAGCCAUGGCCAGCGGGGACCUGCACGUCAAUGGCAAAGGCAAGAAGCUGCGCAAGCCCCGCACCAUCUACUCCAGCCUGCAGCUGCAGGCGCUCAACCAGCGCUUCCAGCAGACCCAGUACCUGGCGCUGCCGGAGCGCGCCGAGCUGGCGGCCCAGCUGGGGCUCACCCAGACGCAGGUCAAAAUCUGGUUCCAGAACAAGCGGUCCAAGUACAAGAAGAUCAUGAAGCAGGGCUCGAGCGUGCCUGACAGUGAGCACCUGCACCCCACUGCCUCUCUCUCCCCCUGCUCCCACAACAUCCCUCCACCCUGGGACAUCCCCGUGCCGGGCAAAGGGCCCCCCUUGGCCCCCAGCAACUACAUCAACAGCUUUGGAGCCUGGUACCAGCCGCACCCGCAGGACGCCGUGCCCCGGGCUCCCAUGAUGUGACGCUGCCACGGCUCCAGCACCCGUCUCUGUGCGGGCAGCGCGAAGGGGAAUGCUCCGUGCCACCCUCGAGGGACCGUGGAGCCCAGCCUAGCCCUGUGGGACCCCAAUGAGUGGAGAAGGAGGAAGAGCAGGAGGAGGGCGACCGCUGGAACCUGGGGAUUACCUGCUCCACCGCGGUCCGAAGCGAGAUAGCUCCAGCGCAACACUCGGUGCAUCCAUCCCAGCGGGACAGGACAGGACCCCAGGCACAGCCCUGGGUCCCCCCCUUCAUGGAAGGGGGAACAUGGAGGACCCCGAGGGGGGCUGGGGAGACGCCAAGCCUGGCUUUAUUUAUAAAUACCUCCGUGACUGUACGUGCCCUCCCCUUUAGAAUAGGCCGUAUGCUUGUAAACGCUGUUCCUCCCUACCUGCCGCUCCCUUUGGGGAUCUGGCCCCGGUUUGGGGGAGAACUUCAGCCCCACUCCUCGGGGGUUCCUGUCUCCAAACGUCCCUGGAACGCAGCUCUGUGGGGACGGGGACGCAGUGCCUGGGGUUGUCCCCCUCAACAUCUGCGCAGGACCUGCUGCUGUUUUCAGACAUGCGAUCGCUGCCCUGAAACGGAGGCGCAAUUACAGUAAUUGUGGGCCCGGGCCCCUGGCGAGGGGUUUCUUGUCCUCCUCGGGUAAUUAUGGGCAAUUUGGAGCUGUUGAAGAUGUCUCCUUGAAGGGGGCAGGAGAGGGAGGGCAGAGGGAUGCGGGGCGGCCGGGGGGAGCCCGGGCUUACUGCCCCAAGUGUCCCACAGCCCCCGUGAAUCUGGGCAUUUUGGGAGAGAGGGAUAUUGUCCCGUUGUGGGUUUGACAGCGUCAAACGUCUCCGUUUGUGCUUUUCAGAGGCCAGAA